AUGGUCUAUCCAUUAAUCCAACCUGGCAGGGGCAGGACCUCUCAGUCCCCAGCCAGUGGGGGUGGCGGGCGUUGCCGUUGGAAGUGCUGGUCACAGGCUGCAGAGCCCCUAGCCCACAUUCUCCUCAGCCUCGGUGAUGUCACACUGGGACUUCUGCCUUCCACCCUGGGCUGUGGCUUGGGCGCUCAAUAUGUCUUCAACAGUCGCUAUGGAUAUAGGGCUCCUGGAGCCAGUAUCGGCGAGGGCGCCUGUGGGCACUGGAGGUGCCGCCAUGCCGCUCUCUUGCGGGGUGGCAGACCUCAGGACCCACUUCCCUGGAUGCUCCUGAGCCUGUUCGCUGCCUUCAGUGUCGAGCUGCUGCUCGUCCUUAGUGGCCUCUUCUUCGCAUUCCCUUGCAGAUGGCUGGUCCAGAACAGGGAGUGGGUCGAUCCCGUUGUCACAGGCCCCCUCUUCAUCCUGACCUUCUUCAGUCUCGUUUCCCUCAAUGUGUCAGACCCUGGCAUCUUGCAUCAAGGCUCCAACGAACUGGGCCCCAUGAUGGUGCCUGUGGUGUGGGUGAACCACAGGGCCUUCCGCCUGCAGUGGUGCCCAAGGUGCUGCUUCCACCACCCGCUCCGGACCCACCACUGCCCAUGGUGCAACAUUUGUGUGGAGGACUUUGACCGCCACUGCAAGUGGGUCAACAACUGCGUCUGUCACCGCAAUUUCCGUGUCUUCAUGCUGUAGGUCCUGUCGCUAUGCCUGUUCUCGGGCGCCAUGCUGGUCACCGUCCUGAUGUUCCCAGUGUACAGGACUCAGCUUCCCUUCUCUAUGGACGAGAUCGUCGCCAACGUCGUGGCCUUACCCGCCGCCGGCUUCCUGGAGCCUCUCUUCGUGCUGCUGGUCAUCAAGGCCAGGUCGGUGAGCGCGGCCGAGCGCUGCCACGAGGGCAAGUACCGAUACCUGCAUGUAAACAACCCUUUCGACCUUGGCUGUGGCAGAAACUGGUAUUUCACAAUUUGUGCGCCGUGGGGACCCAAAUACAUGGCUGAAGCUGUCGGGCUGCAGAGAGUGGUGGGGCCUGACUGGGUGCCCAUGCAGACCCUGCACUGCCCAAUGGGUCCCUCUGAGCCCAGUCUCCCAGCUGUCCCUGGGCCAGGAUCUGGGUCUCUAUGCACGGGGACAGGGAGCGGUGAUCCUGCAGUCCUCCAGGAGGUGAGACAAAGCUCGGUCACAUCUCGCCCCUUUGCCCCUGGAGACGCCAAGAUCCUCGGCACCUGA